UCAGUAUACUAUUUAGUAUUUUACCAAGCCACAGAGAAAAAAAAAUUGCAAACAAAAUCCUCUGGUCAUCAUCCCCUUAAAUGCCCACGAUGUCCCGUCUCCAUGUUUAUUCUCUUACGUAUCGCUAUCACUGUCAUCGUCGUACUCCUCCAUAUUCUCUCUUUCAUCCUCCUCAUACAUAUUCUUCGGAGUCUCGCCGAGUCUCUACGAAAGAUACUUUCGACGCCCAAUCGCUGCUUUCAUCUCCGACGGACAAACGGCAGCGUUUGCGUUUUGGCGGUAACAUGACGUGGCAAAUAAAUCCACAUCAGCAUUACCGUUGAGAGUGUGAUUGGUCAUUUGUUUGGCAGCAUUCGUUUAAAGGUCAGCAUCUCUCAUUACCACAUAACUUUUUUUGUCUGUCUAAGAUUUACUCUCUUCGUUGCCAUAAUUGAGAUAAGCCUGUGGUGAUGGUAAAGGUUUAGAUCUUUUGUUACUUGUUAGGUUUUCUAGUAACCCUUUUCCUAUAAUAUAAUAAAUGGCUUUGAUCAAUAUUCAAAGAUGCUGACAACGCCCUGCACAUCAAAGGAAUUAUGAGCAAUUUUCUACAUAGACACCUAAACAAGUCUUCUCAAACGACUAUAAGUGCUUUCAUCAAAUGAGACUUGGACUUUGUAAAACAUUACAUAAUUGUUUCUUGUUGAUUGUGGUUGUGGUUUUUCAUACGGAAAAACCUUAAUACCAACUUAAACUAGAAGAAGAUGGUAUCGCCUGGGAUUAUGGCAGAUGGUGAUUCUAACUCACUACUUAGCUUGGUCUCUUUCUUACUCUUUAUUCUGAUCACCGCCACAGCAGUGACCGGAGACAGUGAUAGGGAGGUCUUAUUGAGCUUUAAAUCUUACCUUCAAUCUUGGAACCCAACAGAACGAGGAAAGUACAAUGAAUGGGAAACAACAGAGAAGCAAGGUGUGUGUCAAUGGCCUGGGAUCAUAUGUACCCCUGAGGGAAGUAGAAUCAUAGGGAUCAAUCUAAGAGAUUCCACUAUCUCAGGUCCUUUAUUCGGCAACUUUUCUGCCUUAACGCAGCUCGCAUUUCUUGAUUUAUCAAACAACACUAUCGGAGGGUCGAUUCCAGAUGACCUGAACCGCUGCCACAACUUAAAGCAUCUGAAUCUUUCUCUUAAUAUCAUUGAAGGGGAGCUUAGCUUUUCCGGGCUAUCCAAUCUUGAGGUUCUUGAUCUAUCGGUGAAUAGAAUUGAGGGUGAUGUUCACUCUAGCUUCCCAUUGUUAUGCAACAGCUUGAUUGUUGCAAAUCUAUCGACCAAUAACUUUAGUGGGAGAAUAGAUGACAUCUUCAAUGAGUGUAGGUAUCUGAAGUAUGUCGACUUGAGAUACAAUGGAUUCAGUGGAGAGAUAUGGUCUGAUUUUAGGAGACUGGUCAAGUUUUCAGUUUCUAGGAAUCGUCUCUCCGGUAAUAUCUCAGCUUCCAUGUUCAGGGGGAACUGCACUUUGCAAGUGUUGGAUUUGUCUGGGAACGGUUUUGCCGGGGAGUUUCCGGGACAAGUUUCAAAUUGUCAGAACCUGAAUGUAUUGGAUCUGUGGGGAAACAACUUCACGGGAAACAUUCCAGCUGAGAUAGGAUCCAUAUCAUCUCUCAGAGGUUUGUACUUCGGGAAGAAUGAGUUUUCUCGAGACAUACCGGAAACUCUCCUGAACUUAAGCAACUUGGUGUUUCUGGACUUGAGCAGAAACAACUUUGGAGGAGAGCUACAGGAAAUAUUCGGGAGGUUCACUCAAGUAGAGUAUCUAGUUCUGUAUGGGAACUCAUACGUUGGAGGUCUCUAUUCUUCUAACAUCCUCACGUUGCCUAAUCUUUCAAGGCUUGAUCUUAGUUACAACAACUUUUCAGGCCGGUUGCCUUCUGAAAUCUCCCAGAGUUUGAUGUUCUUGGUUCUUGCUUAUAAUAACUUCAGCGGCGAUAUACCACGUGAGUAUGGGAACAUGCCGCGGCUUCAAGCACUUGAUCUCUCGUUUAACAGGCUGACUGGUUCAAUACCAUCUUCUUUUGGAAAGUUGACAUCUCUUCUGUGGCUUAUGCUUGCAAAUAACUCUCUGUCAGGAGAAAUCCCGCGCGAGAUUGGAAACUGCACGAGUCUAUUGUGGUUUAACGUGGCGAACAACCAGCUCUCUGGUGGGUUCCAUCCUGAAUUGACUAAAAUGGGUAGCAAUCCUUUGCCAACGUUUGAAGUGAAUAGGCGAACCAUGGACAACACAAUCUCUCGUUCCGGUGAAUGCUUGGUGAUGAGGAGAUGGAUUCCUGCAGAGUUCCCUCCUUUCAAGUUUGUGUACGCAACCUUUACAAACAAGAGUUGCAGAACCCUGUGGAACCAUGUUCUUAAAGGGAAAUGUAUAUUUCCUGUAUGCCCUGCUGGUUCUAUAGUGGACCCCCUUGAUAUUUCAGGCUAUCUUCAGCUCAGUGGAAACAAGCUAUCCGGUGAGGUUCCUGCAAAUAUAUCUCAGAUGAAGAAGUUGAGUAUGCUUCAUUUGGGGUUCAAUGAGUUUGAAGGGAAACUGCCUAUAGAGAUUGGACUAUUGCCUCUUGUAUUUCUUAACCUGACCAGAAACAAGUUCUCAGGCCAGAUUCCUCAAGAAAUCGGAAACCUAAGCAGUCUGCAGAACCUUGAUCUGUCUUACAACAAUUUCUCAGGGAACUUUCCAACGAGUUUGAAUGACUUGAGUGAGAUGAGUAAGUUCAACAUCUCAUAUAACCCUUUCAUUUCUGGUGUGGUACCAUCUAGGGGACAACUUGCAACCUUUGAAAAAGACUCCUUUCUUGGAAAUCCGCUGCUGCAGCUUCCUAGUUUCUUUAACCAAUCAGGGAACAACAAUACGAGCUCAGGAGAACGAGAUAAUGGAAGAGAAGAAGAUGAAGACGAUGGAGCUGCUAUUGACAUGUUGGUCUUCUAUUGGAGUACGUUUUCAUUUUAUGUGGUUGCGCUGAUGGGCAUUCUUGUACUCAUGUACUUAGAUUGUCCUUGGUGUCGAGCAUGGCUCCGUCUUGUCGAUGCUUUCACGGUAUCUAUGAAAAGUAUGUUGUCUUAAAAUCGUUUCAGCUCAGUUCUUGGAUAUUCCUUUUGCCAAGAGAAGGUUGAGAAUCCUCUGUUUUUUUUCCAUAAUGCCGCCAGAUCACUCAUAACUCUGUUUCUUGUUUCUUCAGAUUAGCAACAUUAAACAUGUGAUAACCCUUUUAUAACUAACAAUAAGUGCAUAAAUCUAUUCAUUGGUGAACCAUCUUUUCAUAGAUUUAAUCAAAUUUAUAAUCAUAUACCUUUUUAUUUCUUA